GAAAUUGUCUUUUCUGUUGUCACUACCCUUGGUUUUCUUUUCCUUUUCCUCCUAAUAUACCCAAGUCGUCUACAAAGUCUAGUCUGUCUUCUUCAAAAACGAAGCCUAACUCAUUCAUAGAGUGAAGCUUUUGCUGAAAUCUCACAAAAGCAACAAAAGCAAUUCCCAGGGUUUGGUUUAGGGAUCUUCAUAUCCAUUUCUACUUUGCAGAGUUGCUAAUCAUCAAUCUCUGCUUGGUUGCUGGGAUAAGUAAUGGUGUGUUUAGUGCAGGGAUAAGUAAUGGCAGAAAGAGCAGUGAGCUCUGUUUUUCAAUAUUUGGCACCAUUGUUAACUGGAGAAGUAGAGUUGUUGAAGGGUGUCCGCAAGGAAAUUGUCAGUAUCAAAGCUGAAUUGGAGCGCAUACACUCAUUCUUAAAAGAUGCAGAAUCAAGAGCAGAAACUGGAGAUGAAGGUGUGAAAAUAUGGGUGAAACAAGUAAGACAAGUUGCUUAUCGGAUACAAGAUGUUAUCGAUGAACACAUUCUCUUGGUCUUGCCAAAACAACCUGGACUAUUCAGUUCCUUGCAUAAAGUCACUCAGACGAUCACUAAGUUAAAGGCACGACAUGAGAUAGCUUCUCAGAUCCAAGACAUCAAGACUUCAAUCCGUGAGAUCAAGGAAGGAGCUGAUCGAUAUGCAUUUAGUACUAGUACUUCGUCAGAACAUAGCAGCACCAGCAAGGACAAAAUGUGGCGUGACCCCCGACUGGCUUCCCUUUUCAUAGGGGAUGAUGAAGUCGUUGGCAUUGAAUCUCCCAAAUAUGAACUGAUACGCAGAUUGGUUGACCAAAAUCAAUCACAACGAGCAGUGAUCUCGAUGGUUGGCAUGGGUGGAAUUGGCAAGACCACUCUUGCCAAGAAAGUUUAUGACAGCCAAGAAGUGGUUGCACACUUCAAUUACAAAGCGUGGAUCACUGUCUCUCAAUCAUACAAGCCAGAGGAGCUCCUCAAAACAAUGAUAAAGCAGCUAUCAGGAAUUUAUGUUCUACCUGAUGAGGGAAUUGAGUCAUUCAUUGUCAAGCUAAGAGGAUAUUUAUCCGAAAAGAGAUACGUCAUUGUGCUUGAUGAUGUCUGGGAAACUGAUUUUUGGGGAUCCAUAAGACAUGCUUUACCCAAAAAUAGUGAAGGCAGUAGAGUAAUUAUCACCACACGCAAAGAACAGGUUGCUGCAUUUUGCACAGGAACUUCAGUGCCCUAUCCCAAGAGAACGCUUGGAAACUCUUGUACACGAAAGCCUUCUAAUUGGACUUUGGAGGUCAUUGUCCCCCUGAGUUGGAGGAAGUAUCACAAGCAAUUGUUAGAAAGUGUCAAGGUUUGCCACUUGCAAUUGUAACUAUAGGUGGUCUCUUGUCCACCAAAAAUAAGGGUUUAUCCGAAUGGCAAAAAUUCUAUGGUAACAUGAACUCUGAGUUGGAAAGGAAUCCUGAUCUUAAAAGCAUUAGCAAAAUUUUGUUGUUCAGUUAUAAUGAUCUACCUCACCACCUCAAAUCUUGUAUCUUGUACUUUGGCAUAAUGCCAGAAGACUACUUUAUCAAAGCUAGGAGACUUAUUCAGCUAUGGAUAGUUGAGGGUUUUGUUGAAGAGCAAAAUGGAAAAACAUUGGAAGAAGUUGCAGAAGAAUACUUGACUGAGUUGAGUUGAUCCAUAGACGCUUAGUUCUAGUGUCAACAACAAAAUUUGAUGGAAGAGUUGGACGGUGUAAGGUACAUGAUGGCAGUGCGGGGGAUUAUUCUCUCAAUGUCCAAGGAGUUUAGUUUGUGUCAAAUUUUGGAAAAAGAGAAUUCAAGUUUCAAUGCCACAACUCGCCGGCUAUCUAUGCAUAUACGUUACUGCGACAUGGAUAAGGUCAUGAAAAGCAUUAGUAAAUCCCCAGUUCAUUCUAUUUUUCUUUUUCAAGAGGGAGAGCUGCCAAAGAAGCCCUUAUUGGGUACAGUAGUUGCAAAUUUCAAGCUUUUGAAAGUGCUGGAUCUUGAGGAUGCUCAUUUGGAUCAACUUGAUGAAGAAGUGGGAAAUCUAUUUCUUUUGAGAUACCUAAGCAUAAGGAGCACACAAGUGGAGAUAAUACCAAAGUCCAUAGGUAAGCUGCAAAACCUACAGACUUUGGAUCUGAAACAUUCUCUCGUAAGAGAGCUCCCAUUUGAUAUCAGUAGGCUCCGUAAGUUGCGACAUCUUCUUGCCUAUUCUUAUAUAUAACAUGGUGAAUUAUCUAGUAGGAGUGAAGAUACAGGGAGGGAUUGAGGGUUUAAAGGAGCUGCAAAAUUUGUUGUACGUGGAGACAAAUCAUGAUGACGGGCUUAGGCUAAUUAAAGAGCUUGAGAAUUUGAGACAGCUAAGGAAGUUGGGAAUUAGGAAAUUGGAAAGAGAACAUGGGAGCGCUCUAUGUGCAGCCAUUGAGAAGAUGAAAUACCUUAAACGUUUGAGUGUAUUGGCCUCAAGUGAUGAUGAGAUUCUGGAUUUACAGCAUAUAUCAUCAUCAUCAUCUCCACCUCAAUAUCUUCAACGUCUCUACUUGGGUGGACGUUUAGAGAAGUUGCCCGAUUGGAUCCCGAAACUUAAAAGUCUAGUCAGAUUAUCUCUAUCGGGUUCAGGUUUGACCAAGAAUGAUCCACUAAAAGCUCUUCAAGUCUUGCCUAGUCUAGUACGUCUUUGGCUUUUGGAUGCAUAUGAUGGGGAGGAGUUGUAUUUUGAGGUCGGAAGGUUUCAAAAACUUAAGCAACUAACUCUUGUAGGGUUGAAUGGAUUGAAUUCGGUGAUAAUAGAGGAAGGAGCAUUGCCUCUUCUUGAAGAGCUAAUGAUUGGGCCUAGCCCACAACUAAAUGAGGUACCAUCUGGCAUCCACCACCUCACAAACCUCAAAACUCUUGAGGAGUUUGUUGAUAUGCUAGACGAAUUGAUAAAUAGAAUGGAACCCGAACCAAAACCCAAACCCAAACCCAAACCCAACCGAGGAAAAGACUACUGGAUCGUCGAGCAUAUCAUAUCCCUCGUGUCAACCUCUGGUCCCGAAUCGGAAAAGAAAUGUCUAUUACUCAAAUUUGCACUCUUCAACAAUAUUUCAAUCGGAAGGUGGAAAAUGCAAGGGUUGGGGAAGAUAAAAAUGAGUUGAAUGUCAAUUCAAUUAACUUUCAGGUCUUUUGCUGCCAGCGCUUAUCGUGGAAGGAAAUUCAAUUGCAGAGGCAACCACAAACAAACAAAGAGUGUCAUCUGUGCCAACAUGGACAUGUUUAUUAUGUUUAACUACGUAACUUUAAUUUAGACAAACUUAUGGCCAUACAUUUCUUCUUGUUGUAUCUCUAAUCUAAAUUUUGAUUAUGUUUUUUUGUUUCUAUUUUUUUUUUAUUCUUCAUUAUGUUAUAUAGAGCUAAUGUUUUGCAUAAGAAUGUAGUAACCAGGUUUAGGUUAUCACUGAACUUUUAUUGACUACUGUAUUUUUAGGGAAGAAUUAUUUCCCAGAUAUCAUAUGACUUGGUUGUUCGGGCA